AUGUACUAUAUCUUUGUAUUACCUCUCUGUAUCAUAUCGUUAUGGUUGUACUCAAAAUGGCUGUCUAUGAAGAACUAUUGGAAGAAGCUCGGAGUGCCACACGAACCAAUUCAUCCACUAUUUGGAAGUAUGUCGUUUUUGCAGAAGAAAAAUCCGGGUACAUGGAUGAUGGAACUCUACCAGAAACACAGGUCGUCUCCAUACGUAGGCAUCUGGAUAUUCUGGCGCCGUGGCCUAGUCAUCAAUGAUCCUGACCUGUCACGCAAGAUCCUCGUGAAGGAUGCUGAUAUCUUCAGGAACAGAAUGCUGGCUUCUGGCAAGUCCGACCCGAUGGGUGCCCUCAAUUUGUUUACUGUUGAUGAUCCAUUAUGGACAUCGCUCCGCAGACGCCUAACGUCGGUGUUCACUGGUUCCAAGCUCCGAGGUUGGCAGGAGCUGUACCAGUCUAAGGUGGAAGAUUUGAUCUACAGGAUCAACUCAGACAAUGAAAAGGGGAUCAUCAAUGAAUUGAGGCCCUUAUUCGCUGAUUACGCGACAGACAUCAUCGGUGAAUCAUCAUUUGGUAUCCAGUGCCAAUCCACGAGGAACUCCACUGGCCCACUGCGGUUGAUGACCAAGGAGUUCGAGAAGUACAGCCAGUGGAGAGGCAUGGCUUGGUCUUCCAUAUUCUUUCUACCAGAAAUGGUUGAUAUAUUAAGGUUUUCAUUCUGGCCAAAGAAUACAGUAUCAUACUUUAGAAAGGUCUUCAAAGCAAUGGUGGAGGAAAGGGGAGGGUUUGAGAAGGACAUAGAUGGGAAGAGGGACUUGCUGGAUGCGCUGCUGAAGUUGAAGAUAGACGCUAAGAAGGAAAAUCAAGAUAUGGACUUGGACAUUUUGAUUUCAAACGCAAUGAUCUUCCUUCAAGGAGGGUACGACACCUCCUCCACAGCCCUCACAUACACAGUCUAUGAACUUGCCUACCACCCUAAAUACCAGAAAAUAUUAUAUGACGAGCUAGUGGAAGCGGAGAAGGCACUGAACGGGAAACCAUUUGACGCGGAGAGUCUCGCUAAGCUGCCGUACUUGGAGGCUGUCAUCAAAGAAUCCCUGCGAAAAUACCCCAUUAUGGGAUGGUUGGACCGCAAAGCUUUAAGAGACUACCAGGUCGACGAGAACCUGACCAUACCAGCCAACACAGUGGUCUACGUCAACGCCAUCGGCCUGCACUAUGACCCCAAGUACUUCCCCAACCCUGAGGAGUUCAGACCUGAUCGAUUUUUGCCUGAAAAUGCGAAUAAUAUCGUACCUUAUUCUUACAUACCUUUCGGAGAAGGACCGAGAAUGUGCAUUGGUAAACGCAUAGGAAUGAACACAGUAAGGUACGCGUUAGCGGCUGUGGUACUCAACUUUGAAAUCCUUCCAUUGGACCAGUUCCCGCUGCCCAACGACAUCCCGAUAGAGAAGAAAGGACUGUUCUAUCAUCCUGCUAUACCACUCUCUGUAGAAUUUAAAAGAAGGAAAUAA